AUGCAGAAUCCACCGGAAAAUCACCAAUGCCAAACCAGGUGCCUGAUAUGUGGAGGCGACCACGCCACCGGAUCCAGGGACUGCAAGGAUCGCCUAAAGAAAGUCAGAGAACUGCGAGGUCGACAGCACCAGUCGCAGCAGCAGCAGCGCAGCAGCAGGGAGAAAGAACGGAGGCAACGCCAUGCGAGAUGGUUCAGCUCGGAGGGCGAGCGGAGCCGAUCCCGGAGCCGAUCCCGGAGCCGGUCACGGAACGGAUCCCGGAACGGGUCACGGAGCCAGUCACGGAGCCGUUCACGGAGUCGGUCCCGGUCCUUCCCACCCCUGUCGCCGCCGGCCAUCGAGGGCCAGCAGCAGCAGCAGCAGCAGAAAAAGAAGCCCAAGGGUGGCACGAAGGUGAGCUGGGAAGCAGGCCCUCCCAAAACUUUGUUUCCGCACUCGGGUAAUAACCAGAACAAUAGAGAGAAACAGCUAGAGGAAGAAAACAGGGCACUCAGGCGAGAGCUAGAAAUUAGCCGUAGAGCGCGCGAAGAGCAGGACGCAAAAAUCAAUAGACUAAUGCAGGAAGUACAGGACCUCAGGUCAGGUAGCGCUCCCAGGCCGCCAUCAACACCCCCGCAAAGUCAACCUACCGAAAUGACUCAGGCCAACCUCACCAAGUUUAUAGCAGAAAUACAGCAAGCUAUGCAAAGAAUGGAACAGCAGAUAACCAUGCAGGGAACAGAAAUCCGCACCCUACGAAAACAGAAAAUUACUGAAGGCGUCAAAGACAAGUUCAACCAGAGACGUCCGGCGUUAGAAAACUACAGUACUAGAGACGACGACCCCGAAAUUUAA